AUGUCGUCUACGAGCAGUCGCAUGGGACCUCCCCCUGUCCGUACCAACAGCCGCAGCAAAAGGAUGUCGUCCGAGGCAUCUGCCAACUCCGGGUCAUUCACGACCUCCGUCAAAUUGAGCUGCCGUGAAUACACAAAGAACUCGUGCUGGUUUUGUGAUGUGGAAGAUGUUAUUGAGACCGCUCAUGUUGUGGCCAAGGAAGACCGAGCAAUACGCUACCUUUUCAACCGAGGUCUGAUUAAUUUUUCGUUGACCUCAGCGUUAAACGGGGUGGCACUAUGUCCGACAUGUCACACAAAUUUUGGCAAUGCAAUGGAUCCAGGCUGGUUUUUCGUACCAGCAGAUCUAGAUUUUUUUAUCCAGAAAGAAAAAGUCGACAUGGAGCGUCGACAAAUUGCAGGCGACCAAGGCAAGGUCACAAAUCGCAUCUGCCCAACGUCAGAAGAAUAUGCCGCCAGUCAACCUGACGGCGUCCCGCUGUAUACUCGUGUCCUCCUACACCCGAACACAAUCAAUCCGCCAGCUGGUGGCUUCAAACUAACGGCGCCAUGGAAUGGAUCACCGAUGGCUGCUAUUCGACGAGCCUUUGUGGCUCUAGGAAGUAUCCGUCGUCCGGUGAUUCCUCAAGACAUUGCCGAGAAGCUAUGGAUGCUUCAAGACCUGUACCACCGUGACCCAGAAGUCAAGCCGCAAUGUCUUGAUGCACAGGCGGAUGAAAUGAGCGUUCUCCGGCCCUUGAAGAGGGCACCCGACGAAGACGAAGAGCCAAUGACUGAAAUGUCCAUGAGUCCGACGAAGCGGACUCGGGCUUACUUGCUCGACGACGACGACGAAAUGUGGGACCAAGAGAAUCGCCGUCGCCAGUUCGACACAACGGGCUGGGUACUCGGCCCUGACUCGACAAGCGAUACUGCAUCUAAGAGGUUUCGGCCUCUGUUUAAUUGA